AUGGACAGCGAGCACGCGGAACCCGAGGCUUUGAGCUAUGAGGAGGUCCAGAACUUCGUGGCGGAUUUCGGCCAGGCGGCGAAAAACGCCAUCGAAGCCGGCUUCGACGGCGUCGAGAUCCACGGCGCAAACGGCUAUCUGGUCGACCAGUUCAUCCAGGAUGUUGCGAAUCAACGGACUGACGAGUACGGAGGCUCCAUUGAUAAGAGAAACAGGUUUGCUUUGGAGGUUGCAAAGGCCGCGGCCGACGCUAUCGGCGCUGAUAAGGUCGGGUUUCGGAUCAGCCCCUUCUCGACCUUCCAGAGCAUGAAGAUGGCCAAUCCGUACCCGCAGUUCUCUGCGCUGGUCAAAGGUCUCAAAGCCCUGGGUUUGGCGUAUCUCCACGUCGUCGAGUCGCGGAUUACAGGUGACAACGACGGUCACGGCACCGAGAAGGUCGACUUCAUGCUGGACGUCUGGGGAGACGACGCCCCCUUUUUGAUCGCCGGGGGUUGGAAGCCCGAUGCCGCGCAGGCGGCGAUGGAUGGCUAG